UCAUAGUAAAUAUAUAAAUAAAAUUAUAAAAAAAUAUAUAGAAAUAAUGUUAAAAUGAAUAAAUUAAUAUGUUUCCUGUACAUUUCAAUCACAACUCUACCAGUAGUUUUAAGUUAUUUACUGGAUAGGAAAUACAGGAGGAAAAUAAAGCUUAUAACUGAAGACGAUAACAAAUUUUAUAAUCAACUUUUAUCGGUUACGAUGAAAAACUUUAAUUGUAAACCUCAUGUGAUAGAAAAAAACGAAUGUAGUGAAAAUUGUUCGUUGGCAUAUCAAAAAAUAAUACAAGCAUUCAUUUCUAGUGCUAAAUCCAGUAUUUGCUUGUGCAUCUACAUUUUCACGUUAAAAAGUUUAACCUACGAGUUAAUUCAAGCACACAAAAGAGGAGUGGACGUUAGAGUUAUAUCUGAUCAAAUUAUGUUCGAAACUAAGUCGCAACGUGACAAUUUUUCAAUACUUUCAAAAAACGAAAUUCCUUAUAAACUUCAUUCCCCAAGAUCUAUUAAGAUGCAUCACAAGUUUUGUUUAAUAGAUAAAGAUGAUCCGGAGCGUGCUAAAAUGUUUUCCGGUAGUCUAAACUUAACUAACCAAGGAUUUUGUUAUAAUUUUGACAAUACAGUGCUUACUAAUAAUAUUUACGUUAUAAAAAGAUUCAGUGAUGAAUUUGAGAAAUUGUGGAACUUAUUUUAAUAAAUAAAUCGUUGAAUAUUAUAAA